UGGUAAACAACAAAUCAGAUCAGACGCUGUCCAAAGUCACGAAAACAACGGCAAGUCGGCAACCUGUGCUGUGCACACCGCAGGCAGCCAGAUCUAACUAGCUAGUGGAGAUGGGCAGCAUCGGCGGCGGCGGCUCGCCGGAGGAGCGCGCGGCGGCGGGCGGCGGGCCGGUGUGCGUGACGGGGUCGACCGGCUACGUCGGCUCGUGGCUCGUCCGCACCCUGCUCCGCCGUGGCUACCGCGUCCACGCCACCGCCCGGGACCCAGCCAAGGCGUGGCAGGUGUUCUCGGCGGUGGACGAGAAGGAGCAGCUGCGGGUGUUCCGGGCGGACAUGGCCGACGAGGGCAGCUUCGACACCGCCGCGAGCGGCUGCGUGGCGCUCUUCCAUGUCGCCGCCUCCAUGGACCUCCACGUCUCACCCGACGUCGACAACAUCGAGGAGCAUGUGAGGACACGGGCGCUGGAGCCGGCGACGAGGGGGACCAUCAACGUGCUGCAGUCAUGCGUCCGCGCGGGGAGCGUCCGCAGGGUCGUCUUCACCUCGUCCAUCAGCACGAUGACGGCGGCGGCGGCGGAGGACGGCCGCUGGCGCAAGGCCGUCGUCGACGAGUCCUGCCUGCGCGCCGCCGCCGACGUCUGGACCGCCAAGCCCAUCGGCUGGGUGUACAUUCUGACGAAGCUGGUGACGGAGGAGGCGGCGUUCGGGUUCGCGAGGGAGAACGGCAUCAACCUGGCGUCGCUCGUGCUGCCGACGGUGGCCGGGCCGUUCUUGACGCCGGCCGUCCCUACCAGCAUCCAGCUCCUCCUUUCACCCGUUACAGGUGAUCCGAAGCUGUAUUCGUUGCUGGCUUCCGUGCACUCCAGGUUCGGGUGCGUACCGCUCGCACACAUCCAGGACGUGUGCGACGCGCACGUGUUCUUGAUGGAGAACGAGCAAGCGGAUGGACGGUAUCUGUGCGCCGGAGGGAGCUAUCCGAUGGCCCAGAUCGCCCAGCUGCUGUCCUUGCACUAUUCACCUUUCAAGCCUGCAGAAAGGUUAAACAAGGAUUUCCAUGGCUCGAACCCGUCAGUGGUGUCGUCCAAACGGCUGACGGAUUUGGGGUUCAGGUUCGAGCAUGAUGUGGAUGAAAUAAUCAAGAACAGCGUUGCACAGUGCGUUGAUCAUGGAUUCCUGGAGGACGCUGACAGCUCCAAUUAGUAGCUGGCCAGGCUGCUGCCUGGGUUGUCUGAUUGGUCCGAAGGAUGAAUACUUAGGCCAGAAAAGCAUCUUCUUGCGUGUUAUACUGGUUUCCUAAUUUGGGCCGAUUUGAAGUACCCAUUUAAAUUCAGUAAUGUACUGUACUGAAAAGAGAUUAAGCCAUUAAGGGGGUAUGAAUUCGAUCUUUCAGAACAAACCAGCACUUUCAGUA